AUGUGGUCAACGGAAAUUAAAGAGUUAGUCAACAGAAAAGAAUGUCAUUUUUUUUCGAAAAAGAGCCAGUUGCCCCUGCGAGGGCGUAGGGACCCAGCUUCCUUGCCGGAGUUCCAACGUAUUGAAGAUCAAUUGUCCCGCCUGGAAGCCCAGGAGGAUGCUUUCUGGAAGCAGCGAGCUAAGAAGCAUUGGUUGAGGGGAGCUGAUGCGAACACGCGCUUCUUCCACAGAGUGAUAAUGGUCUUUUAUUGCGUCCUUUUGAAUAUGAUGAGGUUAAAGCAACUUAGUUUUCUAUGUAUCCUCGAGCAUUAUUGGACUGUGGUGGGGGAGAAUGUGUCAACCUUUGUGGUUAAUUGCCUAAAUUCAUGUUCUUUUCCUGUUGGGCUUAAUGAUACUAAUGUGGUGUUGAUCCCCAAAAAGAAUAUUCUUGAGUCGAUGUCUGACCUUAUGCCUAUUGCGUUUUGCAAUGUUGUUUACAAGAUUAUGGCAAAGCUUUUGGCUAAUAAGAUGAAGCAUUUACUGGGCGGUCUAAUCUCUGAGUUUCAGAGUGCUUUCAUUCCGAAUAGGCUCAUAACUGACAAUAUAUUUGUGGCGGCAUAG